AUGUCGGAUGGAAAGAUAUCGGUGGCCUUUGUAUGCCUUGGAAACAUCUGUCGUUCGCCAAUGGCUGAAGCAGUUUUCAAACAUAAGGUGAGUGAAUUUGGGCUGGGAGAUCACUUUGUAAAGAUCGACUCCUUUGGUACAGCUGGUUACCACGUUGGUGAAACUCCAGACUCCAGAAGCUCCUCUACUUGUAAGAAGCAUGGCGUUCCAGUGAACCAUAGAGCUCAGAAGCUAUCGGCUCAACAUUUCCACGAGUUUGACUUCCUCAUUGGCAUGGAUGAGAGCAACCUGUACAACAUUGAAAGAAUUCAGCCACGCGGAAGUAAGGCCAAAGUCAAACUGUUUGGUGAUUACAACACCGACGGUAAGUUUAACAAGAUAGUCGAUGACCCAUACUACGGUGGCACUGAUGGAUUCGAGUACAACUUUAAGCAAGUGUCAUAUUUUGCUGAGGAGUUUUUGAAACAAGAACUU